UCUUAUCACAAAUAAAUGUUCAACCCUGUCAGGUAUUGUUCAUAUUUGGUGUUCAAUGGAUAAAAUUUGAUUAUUCCAGAUUAUUCGCAAUUCACGGUGUUAAUUAAUUUUCACCAAUUAUGGAACAUCCUUUACCACAUAUAAUGGAAAGUGCCGAUGACUUUGGUGGCAAACCGAAAGAUAGGUUAGUCUCCAUUUUAGAUCAAAUUGAAAUGCACGUAGAAAAAUUACGAAAGGAUGCCUCUAGAUUGGAAGAAGAAAAGGAUUCAUUAUUGACAACCCUUGACACUCUUCGCAACAAUGAAGUACUUAUUUCUUUAGAAGAUUCGGACAAAGAUGAUGUUUUGAGAUAUGCUGAGAGAUUAUCCAUGAGAUGUUUGACUGUUGAUGUGCUUGUUAAGGUUCAACGCGAUCAUAUUCAGCAGGAGGCCUUACAUCAAGUUAAUGGCUUAAUUGACAAAUUAAUUGUCAAUUUACGAGACGAUCCAAGUGCAACUAGAUUGAGAUGUGCUUCUUUUAUGAACGCCUGCUCUUCUCAGGGUAUAGGUCAUUCUGAUAAAAUGUUUGAAACGGCCAUAUUAGGAUGCACCAUGGACGAUCAAAAGAGAGUGAAAAAACGAUUGCAAGGUUUACUUGAUUAUAUUGACAAAGUCCAAACAAUAGAACUUCCUUAAAUUACCUUUUUUUCGAAUAAUUCCACUUAUAUACAUUCAUAACUAUGAUUUUUCUACAUUCAAAAUGUGAUUAAUGAACGCUUGAAGGAAUUUGAUGAGGAAAAAUCUUAGAAAAGAAAAAACGCUGCAUCCUUAAAUUGAUAGUUUUUUUUUUUUAUUUUGUUAAAAUUCUUCUCUUUUUUUGGAAGAAAUCAAAUUGCAUUUAAAAAAAACUAAGUAAAUUUAUAUAAUUCGCUUCUUUUUUUCUCGGUGAUUUGGAAAAUUAAUGUGAAACAAUUUUUUUGUUUCUAAAAAACACUUUCUCGUGAGAAAAGAAAGAAUAAGUAACUUGCAAAUCGAAUGAGCGGAUAAGGAUUGUGUGAUGGGACUUUUUUUUUUAUAUAAAUGAAUCGUAAAUUAUUUUAAAAUGAAAAUUUUAAUGUCUUUAUAUAUAAAGGGGGAAAAAUUCAAAAUUGUAAUUAAAAUUAUAGAUUAUUGAGAGAAUUUAAAAAUCUAGUCGACGUAUUUUUUUUCGAUUUUUUUUUUUUAUUUAGGUAGGCUAUAAGACUGCAGGACGGUCUGGGAUUUUCAUGGCUUGUAGCUUUUAUAAAAAUUUUGUUCUGCUUUUUAAAAUUCGUAUCAGCUCUCGUGUAAGUUAUCAAUUCUUUCAUUGCUUCUUACGAUUAAAAAAAAAAUGAUUUAGCAUUAAAAUAGAAAAAACAACAAUAAUAAUAAUUAUUAUAAUAUAGUUUCAAUCGUGAAAAUUUGACCGUCUUCGAAUACUUUCCAGAAACAAAAUAUAAGUAAAAUCGAUGACUUAUUUACUGUAAAGUCAUUUUCAAGUCAAUUUACCAAUAAUUUUCAGUAUUGCAUUUUUAUAUAAAUAUUUUUUUUAAUACUUUCUCUAAAUUAUUUAAUUGUGUAAAUAAAAAUAAAAUCAAUUUUCCAAGAUUAAAAAAAAAAAAAAUACUGACUUGAAAACGGCGUUAUUGUAAUAUUGUAAAUCUGUUAUAUACAGAAUUUUCCUUUAGUAAAUACAUUUUUUUGUAAUUAGAAAAAAAAAUUAUAUUCUCAGCUUUGAUUAUUAACAAGUUUAAUGUACAAAUUACAAAAAUAACUUCUAUUGUCAUUUCUGUGAUAAUAAAAGUUCAAUUAUAAAAUUUGUA